AGAAAAGAAAAGUUGAAAAUUGUAUGUGCCACCACACCGCCUUUAGGUUCUGGCCAUGGCAGCGUGGUUCGUAACACGCUGUACGUACACAGCAAACCAAAUGCUAGAAAUUCACAGCUAAAAAGCCGUUUCCUUUCUCCCCUAAAAUUAUUUCUGCCGUCUCUUCUUUCCAUUACAACAUUUGCCUUACUGGUAUUUUUUUGGCUGCUCGCUAGCUUUUCAAACUCAAAAUGGAAGGGCAAAAUUGCUAUCAGAACCCUCUAGAGCUGAUGUUACCGAAUCUUGAUGGGAUUGAUAAUCAUGUCUCUUAUGGAGCUGAUGAUGAUCUUAAUCAGCACUCUGUUAUGUCAGAUGGAAGGAGCAAGAACAUGACUAAUUCUCUGCCCUUACCUCAGUCUCAAUGGUUUCACUGCCAAAGAACACCACAAAAUUAUUAUGAGUUUCUUACUGAAAAUUCAUCGCUCGUUGAAAAAGCUCCAACUCAUGUGUUAGAGAGCAUUCCUCAAACUGUUAGCGACUCACAUUUCAUUCAAGGAAUGACUGGAAUCCAAACUGAAUUACUGUACAACAGUUCAGGAAUGGCUUGUGGUUCUAACCCUGUUGAUUCUUCUUCUGAUAUGGAUGCUUGGAAAUUGAACCUCCAUCCCUGCAUUUUCAACGUUGACAAUCAAGAAGAUUCACUCAAUGUAAGAUGUUUGAAACAAAAUGAUGAGGGGGACCCCGUGAAGAAAUGCAAAUGCUUACAACAUCAUAGCAAAUCCCAGAGUCAUACUUCAUGGGAAGAGGAACCAAGUGAAGCAAUUGGUAACCUAUCAUAUAGUCGUCCAAGAGCAAAAGUGGCUGCAUCUGUUUUUCUGUCCAACUCGAGCUACAAUGUGUCUAGACAAAGAGCUGAUCGUCAACGCAGGGAACGAAUUGCUGAAAGACUCAAGGCACUGCACAACUUGGUUCCACAAUCUGUAGAGGGCAGCCAAACAGCUAUGGUGGAUGAUAUUAUUGACUAUGUCAAGUUCCUGCAGCUUCAGGUGAAGGAAUUAAGCCGGAGCAGAUUGGGAGGUGAACUGCGUUCUGAUCCUUCCAUUUUCCUAGAGGGAUACCAUCACUAUAUUGUUCAUGAGCAGUUCAGGACUGAACCUCUUGAGGAGACAUUUACAAGGUUGCUGGAAGUGAAUCCAUCUGCCGCAACCAAGUUCUUGGAGAGCAAGGGCCUUUUUGUGAUGCCGAUGGCUUUGGCUGACACUAUAUCACAGCAAUCCAUCUAAUACUUAUUGAAGGCUGUAUUAAUAUUUUGUUUGUGAAGAAAAAGUUAAGUUCAUCUGAGAACUGUUGUUCUGACUAAUUCUGGUUUGAUUAAAAGUGGGAGUCAUUUUGAUUGGAAAUGCCA